CCGAGUUUACCAAAGUACCCUCAUGAUUGCGCGAUUUCCACAGACUUCUCCCGAUUUCCCCCCUCCAUUUCGCCCGUCUUUCGAGCACUCAAGAAGGGUUUCGCCGUUCUUCCUCCGCCGCGCCGCGCCCUGAGAGCGCUCUCGAUCGAAAAUAUAGGAAGAAGUGAACUUUCUUGAAAUUGACGCAUUGUGGGGACUCGAGGCUCUUAUUUUCCUUUUGUUCUUGAUCGGUGAAUAUUUCUAGUCAUGGAAAGCAGCAGUGAUGCCAGCUACGCCGUAGCCACGGAAGUCGGCUGGUAUAUCCUCGGGGAGAAUCAAGAACAUGUCGGCCCUUAUGCGCUGUCGGAGUUGCAAGAACAUUUUGCAAAUGGAUAUAUCUCAGAAAACACCGUUCUGUGGUCUGAGGGGAGGAGUGAGUGGGCGCCACUAUCCUCAAUACGGGAGUUAUAUGCGGGGAUGCCCAUCAAGAAACUUGAUGGUUCUACUGCAGAUCUGCCAGAUGAAGAUGAUGACUUUACAAAAUGGCAGAAAGAGGUUCAAGAGGCUGAGGCAGCGGCUGAGGCUUUGAAAAAUGGCACUACGAUGAGUGUCCUUGCUGAAGGGGGAGAGGGUCUACAGGAAGGAGCAGGUUUAGGCGCUGAUGAUCAGCCCACGACUCCACCUGAUGGGGAGGAAGAAUUUACUGAUGAUGAUGGAUCCACAUAUAAGUGGGAUCGGGCUCUUAGGAAAUGGGUUCCUCAAGAUAACUUAUUAAGUGAAAAAAGUGGGUAUGGAGUAGAAGACAUGACCUUUGCACAAGAGGAGGAAGUAUAUCUUGCACCAGAGGUUCCGGAGCCCUCAGUCUCUGAAGCAAAAGAUUCCUCCACCAAGAGCAUGGAGUCAAAACCCGAGACGAAGAGGAAGUUGCCUGAUAAGCCAACUGAAAAGAAGGAAGCUAAUAAACCUCCAGAGAGUUGGUUUGAUCUAAAAGUGAAUACUCAUGUUUAUGUGACAGGAUUGCCUGAUGAUAUUACUGUUGCUGAAAUUGUGGAAGUAUUCUCAAAAUGCGGGCUCAUAAAGGAGGAUCCUGAAACUAAAAAGCCUCGUGUAAAGAUCUAUACGGACAAAGAAACAGGUAGAAUAAAAGGGGAUGCACUUGUGUCAUACUUGAAGGAACCAUCUGUUGCCUUAGCAAUACAAAUUUUGGAUGGAACACCUCUCCGUCCUGGUGGGAAGACAGUUAUGUCUGUAAGCCAAGCUAAGUUUGAGCAAAAAGGAGAAGUAUUUGUAGCAAAGCAAACAGACAAGAAAAAGAAAAAGAAAUUAAAGAGAGUUGAAGACAAGAUUCUUGGAUGGGGUGGACAUGAUGAUGCAAAGGUGACAAUUCUGGCUACUGUUGUUUUGCGCAACAUGUUCACACCCGCUGAGUUAAGGGCUGAUGAGAGUCUUCUGCCAGAACUAGAGCAAGAUGUUAGAGAGGAAUGUGUGAAACUGGGCCCAAUUGAUUCAGUUAAGAUGCUGCAACAGCAGCACUCGGUACACAAAUUCAUUUAUGAUGCCUGUUGCUCUAUAUCUUGCGAGCAUAAUGGGGAGGGGGUGCCCUGCCCAGAAACACACCUGGUAAACUAUAUGGGCAGUGACUCACAUAUGCUCAAACUAAGAACCUCUCAAGAUGAAGACGGAGCCGACUAUUUUGCUUGGGUGCUGCAAAUUAUUUUUCAGACUGUAUUUUCUUUUCCAGAAAAGCAAACUGAUAUUAGUUAGUUAAAAUGGGUAUAAAAAAUCUUUUCUUACAUUUGAGUUCAAAACUGACAGUAUGCUGGAAGGCCAUUCCCCUUUCUAUAUCUGAUUGCAUCUACUAACUCUUAACAAAGUGGCAAGCCACUUUGUGGCCCUAUUACCCUCUCUAAACACACGAGAAAUUCUACAUCCUUCAAAACAGGUUAACAAAAUGCAAAGGUCCAUGAUCACAUUCAAAUGGCCCAAGGUGGACUAAUUUUCUUCAUCAACAACUGCCAGUACAUCAUUGAGUCAGUCUCAAUAUGUAUUCAAUGAAUGCUGUCUUCCAAAUCUGUUUUCAAUCUAUCUCUGAGCACAACAGCUUCACAGUGUAGGACGAUCUCUGUUUUCUAAGUCCCUGCAUCCAUAAAGUACACAAUUAGCCGUAUCACCGCUAAUUACAAAAUCUAUACUCCCAUCCAUAUUCUUCCACAAACCAUCCCCAUGAGCUAUACCAACCGACUGAAGGUUACUCCCAGCAUAUUCCUGUCCCUAGUGGAUUACAGGAGUUGUUAUAGAAACUAUAAUUACAGGAAUUUCAUAUCCACAAUAGCCAUUAGCAAUGAGGAAUCAGAGGAUCAACAUGUCAGUAUUAUCACCACCAUUAGCUAGUAUUUUGGAAUUUGGACUGUAUUUAGGUAAAGACUUUUGAGAUAAUUUGCUUAUUUCAUAUUUUGUAUAGUUAUUUGUCAGUGGUACUUAUGUUG